AAUCGCGUCCCAGCUAAAAGCCAACCCGUAAACAUCACAGCGGCUGCUGGACUCUCUCCAUUUCCUUCCUCUCUCUUCCUCUCUGAGCCGAGCCCACUCCCUCCUCCACGCUUGAGCCAAUGAGUUUCGGAGGAGAGAGCAGAAGAAGAAGAAGAAAAAAAAACGGAAACCAAUCUGUUUUUUUUUCUUCUUUUAUUUUGUAAGAGCGGAUUAAACAAGUGUUAUUUUUCUUUCGGGAGUAAAAGAACAACAGCAGGAAUCUGACCCAGAUGUCUAAUAUCCAACCCUGCCAACUUCACAUCACAAGAGAGUUAUUACCAACAGUUUCACAUCACACUGCUUUGCUGCUUGCUGGCAACUCCUCUCGUCUUGAGCCGCGAUGAAUGAAGUUCAGGAGGCGACCUCCCCUGCGACCAGCCUGAGCGGUCCGGCUACCUGUGUCUCCAAAGUUGAGCUGCGUGUGUCUUGCAAAGCUCUGCUGGACCGAGACACGCUGAAUAAGUCAGACCCCUGUGUCGUGCUCAUGGUGCAGAACAAUGGGCAGUGGAUUGAGCUGGACAGGACAGAAGUAAUCAAGAGCAACUUACACCCGCUCUUCGCGAAGGUUUUCGGUCUGGAUUACUACUUCGAGGAGGUGCAGAAGCUGCGAUUCGAGGUCUACGACAUCCACGGGACUCACAGCAUAGGGACGCGCGACGAUGACUUCCUGGGAGGCAUGGAGUGCACGCUCGGUCAGAUCGUGGCCCAGAAGAAGAUGAUAAAACCAUUGCUGCUUAAGUAUGGGAAAUAUGCCGGCAAGUCGACCAUCACAGUACAUGCUGAAGAAAUUUCUGGCAACAAUGGCUAUGUGGAGCUCUCCUUCUGUGCUAAGAAGCUGGAUGAUAAGGAUCUCUUCAGCAAGUCAGACCCAUUUCUGGAAAUAUUUCGAAUGAACGACGAUGGGACAGAACAGCUUGUCCACAGAACUGAGGUGAUAAAAAACAACCUGAAUCCAGUGUGGGAGCCCUUUAAAGUGUCACUCAUAUCUCUGUGCAGCUGCGACGAAGAGCGGAAACUCAAGUGCCUAGUGUGGGAUUACGACUCCAGAGGAAAGCAUGAUUUCAUCGGCGAGUUCUAUGCCACAUUCAGGGAAAUGCAGAAAAUUUCCAGUGGAAAUAAGGUUUCGUGGGAUUGCGUGAAUCCUAAGUACAAACAGAAGAAGAGAAACUAUAAAAAUUCAGGAGUUGUCAUUCUCAGUGACUUGAAGCUUCACAGAGUCUACUCCUUCUUGGAUUACAUCAUGGGAGGAUGCCAGAUUCAUUUCACAGUCGCAAUUGACUUCACGGCAUCCAAUGGAGACCCCAGGAACAGCUGCUCAUUGCACUACAUUAACCCGUACCAACCCAAUGAGUACUUAAAGGCCCUGAUAGCCGUGGGCGAGAUCUGUCAAGACUAUGACAGUGACAAGCGGUUUUCAGCUUUGGGUUUUGGUGCCAGAAUUCCUCCAAAUUACGAGGUAUCCCAUGAUUUUGCCAUAAAUUUCAACCCAGAGGAUGAUGAAUGUGAAGGGAUCCAGGGAGUCGUCGAGGCAUACCAGAACUGCCUUCCUAAGAUCCAAUUAUAUGGGCCAACCAAUGUUGCUCCAAUCAUCAACAGGAUAGCCAAGGUGGCAGCAGGCGAUGGCAACAUUAAAGAUGCUUCAAGAUACCACAUCCUGCUCAUCCUCACAGAUGGCGUGGUCACAGACAUGGCAGACACACGUGAAGCCAUUGUCCGAGCGUCCUACCAGCCUCUCUCCAUCAUCAUUGUCGGAGUGGGCAAUGCAGAUUUCACAGAUAUGCAGAUCCUGGACGGAGACGAUGGCGUCCUGCGGUCACCGAAGGGCGAGCCUGUCCUCAGGGACAUUGUGCAAUUCGUCCCUUUCCGAGACUUCAAAACGGCUUCUCCUGCAGCUUUGGCCAAGUGCGUUCUUGCAGAAGUACCUGGUCAAGUGGUUGAGUAUUUCAGCCAUAAGGCCAUUUCACCCAUGAGCCCAAUGAGGGAGUUACUGACUCCUAUCCUCAGCCCAGUGGCCACCACCCCGACAGAAUAACCGGUUGCUCCGUACCUGCAACCCAACUUGGAGAGCAGCACCAGUCUGGCACAGGAAGAGGGGAAGAAGAUGCAUGUCUCUAGCUGAGAACUGAAGAGGAAAUCCUUCUUAAUGUGUUGUUACUUAUUUAUUUUAAACAAAAUGUUUACACAAAGACUGAAAUACAAGAGAUUGUGGGUUAUAUUUCCGUGCUCUGUGUGGGUUGGACAGUCUCCCUGGCUGUGCGAAUUGACCAUCCAGCUUUUUUUUUAGCAACACAAAACCUGAGGGGUAAAGUUUUCUCAUCAUAAUGUUUAUGCAUGCAGGCCGAGACCGUGACGAUGAUUAGUGAUCAGACAAGCUUGUUUUUUUUUUCCUUUUUUAUCCUCGCGCUAAUUUGUCACCAGGUUUCUUUCUCUUUAGAACUUUGAAUUAGUUCUAAUGCAAUCAGACAAUAUUUAAUCAAGAUAAAAGAAUUGCAAGAAGUGCUCCAGUUUAUUGCGGGACUCAUGAUGUGUCUGUAUGUUUAAGGGUGGGUCUGGCAGCAAACUUGGCCUUAUUUUUUAAUUCCAACAUCUCUAACUGCUCAUAGAUCAUAAUUUCAAUUUCCACCACCUGAACGAACAUCAAUAUGCACUGUAAAUGUCUCAUUUUUCUAUUUAAGUGUACUUCUUGAUGUAAUAUAUCGAUAAAAGCUCUGUUUGAAUGUGCACCAGCCACUGACAACAAAUCAGAACCUGCUUUACGAAACAUGCGUCUGACACAAACGAAAAGACGAACAGUGCUGAUGAGUGUCUAUUUAUAUUGCACCAAAUCCUAACAGAGGUCAUCUCUGAACACCAGACAGAAAAGCAAACAAGAUAAAUUCCUGUUUAGUUGCAUAAAAUUCAUAGAACUUUUUGAAUCAGGCUAUUUGUAAAUAAUAUGGAACCAACAACCAGCUACUUUUUAUGUUUGUAGAUUAUAAGUGUCAUCUUAUGAAACUGUAUAACUUUACAAAUCUGCAGCAUGUACUAUAGCUUUGGCUCGUUAUGUAAGUUUUUCCCUUUAAGAUUGUGAGCUGAAAGAUAAAUAGUGAAUCAGUUUUUGGUUUGUUGUGAAGUGGCUACAGUAAGCAGUUAAAAUCACGCUCCAUGGCAGGUUAUCUCUGAACCAUUGUAUUGUCGUCAUCCCUUAGCGAGCCACCGUACAGGUAGUAACCCUUUAUGUAUCUGCUGUAUGUUUAGUUUUGCAGAGACACUCGAUUUACCUUUUUUGCUGCUUUUAUAUGCAACGCAACUCUACAAGAUGUUUAAUAAAACAUUCAAGAUGUGAGAAGUUUGAAUCAAAAGCAAAGCACAAAAGCCAAUCCUCAACUAAUGCUGUAACAUGUUAAUAUUGAGUUCAUUUACAUCAGAAUAAUAAAUUCUUGAAAAUUAAUGUUACCAAUUUCCUUUUAGUGUUUCUUGCCAUAAAACGAGUGCUUCCCAAGAGCAAUUUGCUCUCUUAAUCCAUUAAUUCAAUUUCCAAUUAACUCUGACCCGAAGCGAGAAAUAGGCAACCUUGAUUGUUUUAUUCUGUUGAGCUCAUCAUUUGGAAAAAAAGAUUUAACCUUCAGCUGUACUUAUCCAGUAAGGGCUGAGUGACAUAAUGUAAUGUUCAGGGUCUCAUGAGAAAUUGUGACUUUCAAAAGACAUUAAAGCUAUAGCUAAUACACAGAAUCUAUAAAAAAAAAUAAAAAAAAAACCUCUUAGUGCAGAAGCAACUUAUGGUAUUCGAUACAUCCUAUCCAUCUUCUGGUAAAUGAACUUUAGGUGCAUUAGUGACACCAACCAGACCACAGCGUGUCCAUCAGUGUCACCUGAAAAGGUGUUAAAAUCUCAGUCCUGAGUUCACCCUUUUUAUUCAGGUGUGUUUGAGCAGGGACUCACCUGAAACAGACAGGAUUCUGAAAACCACAGCUACCUUUGUUAUUGAAGUACAUUAAACUAUCAAAGGGACAGAGCCUGGGUUUUAUUUGCUUUAUUUUGUCACUUGUUCUUUUUUUUUUUUGCGUGUGUACAGUGCUAUGAAGAAGUAUUUGCCCCGUCUUUUUUUUUUUUUUUUUGUGAGGUUAUCUUUUCAAGACUACUAUUUCAUAUUUCAGAGUCUUAAAAUCAUACAAGGUUCACCUCAGGAAAUAAAAAUUUUAUUCAAAUUCUGGACUGGUCUAGUCAAAGCCCAGGCUUAAAUUAAUCAGAGAUAGUUUGACAUAAUGUGGCUUAUUUAAAAUAAAAAAGUUCUUCAUAAAAAGAGUGCUUUAAAAAACAUAUAAUGAUACCACACAGUGUUAAAGUUUGAAUAAAGUGUUACAUUCUUUAGACUGUUUCCAGAAAUAGGUAAAAGUUAACAAUUAAGCUGUCACUGCCAAUAGCUGCAGAGAACAACUUGCAAAACAUGUUUUCAGCUGUGCUAUCUUACAAAUAUCCUCCCCAAGAACAAAACAUUUAUCUGCCUUUGAUUUGUCCUCCACGGCUAUGCCAGCACUUCCCAGACACGCAUGUGCUAUUGACUCUUUCUGAAUUCACUGAAACACAGCUGCUUCUGCUGUCUGAACUUCUUUUAAAGAUCAAAUAAUGAAGAUUUCUCUGUCGCUGUGGAGCGCAGCAGGAGGCCCAUUGAUUCAGCAGACCCGGUGUUGGAGACAUCUCCAGUUACUCGCAUGUGAAAAUCCCUGGAGGGAGGUUGGACUUACAACUGAAGCUGAGCCCCAUGUGGUUAGCUUAAUGCAGUGUAGGAAUGAUGCCAAAAUUAGACGAUACUCUGCAGGAGCACGCAACGAAUCACAGGCUUGUUUAUAACAAAAAGAAAA